AGAGGGGGAAGCGGGAGCGCGCUUUCCGUGUCUGGUUAGUGGACUGACAGCCAGCUGUGCGGAUACAACGACAACAACAACCUCCUGGAUUUGCGACAUACAAUUAGAUUAGUGUUGGUCUGCUACUGGUCACAAUCGUACACUAUAGCUAGUUUGUGAAGUGAGGACUUGACAGCGUAAAGCUACAAGCAGUUUCAUCGGCGGUUUCCGUGCUAACUAGCUAGAAGAGCAUUCCUCCAACAUGAAUCCGUUGUGUGGCAGAUGUAAUCUAGUCGUAUACCCCACGGAAAAAGUGAAUUGUCUGGACAAGUACUGGCAUAAAGGAUGCUUCAGCUGCGAGGUCUGCAAAAUGACUCUAAACAUGAAGAAUUACAAAGGCUUUGAGAAGAGACCAUACUGCAAUGCACACUACCCCAAGUCAAACUUCACCUGUGUGGCCGACACUCCAGAGAACCUCCGCCUCAAACAGCAGAGCCAGAUACAGAGCCAGGUUCGCUACAGGGAGGAUUUUGAGAAGAAUAAAGGGAAAGGUUUCAGCGUGGUCGCAGACACGCCAGAGAUGCAGAGAAUGAAGAAAUUGCACCUUCAAACCAGCAAUAUUAAUCAAGGCGACUUGGAGAAGAGGAAGAUGGAAGGAGAUGUCCCACGUCAGCAGAGCAAACCCAGCUCAGCCGCUUUCCAGCCGCCUGCAACCCCGCAGAACUUCCACUAUGAGCCUGCUCCUGAACCAGUGCAGCAGGCGGCCGCCGCCCCGCCUCCCAGUGCUGGGAAGCGGUACAGGGCAGUGUACGACUACGCUGCUGCUGAUGAGGACGAGGUGUCCUUCACGGACGGAGAUGUGAUUAUAGACGUGCAGCAGAUCGACGAGGGCUGGAUGUACGGCCGCGUGGAGCGCACCGGCCAGCAGGGCAUGCUGCCCGCCAACUACGUGGAGGCCGUCUGAGUGAGAGAGAGAAAGAAAAAGAGGGAAAGAAAAAGGAGGAGGUAGAGAAAGGGAGGGAAAGAAGGAAAGGAAAAGCCCAGUGCCAUCUCAUCUUAACGCCGCUUUCUCUUGAUUUUACUCUUGUUCCCUAAUCUGUCCUGUGAGACCUGAACCCCCCCCCCCCCCCCCCCCCCCCCCCCAAACCUUCUGCAUCCCUGCUCUGCUCUCACUGUUUCACCACAGACACCUUCUACUGUCUGUCCUUCUCUGUCUGCCUGCCUCUUUGUCUGUCUGUCUGUGCUGAUGUCUGUCUCUGUUUGGAUGUUCCUCAUCCUCGUUAUCUUUUCCCUAACCUGGCUCCGCUCUCAAGUGCUGUCGCAAGUGGAAAAAUGAAAGUCUUAAAAGAUAAAACUCACAGUUCAUCGCAGUAUGUCAGGGGUCAUGUCGUGUCACACAGCUCCAUCCUAGCUACAGCACUUAAUCUUAGCACAACAUCCUGCAAAACUUAAGAGGAAAACAAUAUUAAAACCACUUUUCCCCCCACGAGUCAGUCACCACAGCUGCAGACGUUAUUCUGUGGAGAAAAUAAGUUUGAAGUGUGGGUGGGUGUGGCAUUUUCAUAGGCUUGUUUGUUUUUUUUUCUUUCUAUAAUUUUGCAGCGUGAUCUUGGCCAGACUGGAAACAGUGUAGAAUCUCAGUCUAUCAGAACUAAGCUUGAAUAUUUUUGACUUGUGUACAUUCCUUUAACCUCUAGCUCUGUUGCUGUUGCACCAAUCAGCCAGUUAUCAGUCUUAACAGAGAGGUUUUUAAUAUAUUUAUAGAUUGACACACAUCUCGCCAUUGUGUGCUUGCGUAGGCACACUCGUGUUCAGCACUGCUUUGUGGGUAACGUUGUGAAACUGGAAUCGUAGCCUAACUGAAGAGCACCUCCUGUCGUUGCCUUUCUCGGGCGUGUCGGAUACAGGAGGGAUCAGGGACAAGUUAGGGGACAUUAUCAGUCCAUCUCUUGCAGCCACACUGAAUACAUCACCUCAGUCGGCGUGGAUGUGCAGUGUGAACACCCUUAUUCCUGUUUCUUGCAGCCUGAAUGCCUUCAGUCCUGAGAGAAUCACACAGUUAUGGUGAUCAAGGUUAAACUGUUUGGAGAAAGGAGAUGGGAACAGGUCAAGUCCUUCCCCCUUUUGCUACAAAACCACCAAGAAAACACAUUCAUAAAAGAGAAGGCCAAGCACAACUCUAUAUUGUGACUCUUUGUUUUUCUUUUCAUUCCACUGUUUUCAUGAGUGAACAUUCCCGUCUUUGUUUUCCAUUUAAUGUGAGAGAAGUUGUUGGCUGUGGUAAAUGUCCUCAUACUGUUCUUCCUUUGCCUUUCUUGUUAUUGUAAGAUGCUUAUUUUCAAAAAGAAAAAAAAGUCAGUGUAUUAAAUAAAUAAACCAGCAACUCAAUUUAUGAACCCAAGGCAGAAGUGUUAAUCCAGACGUGUGCAGUCGCAGUGUUUGGAUCAGUUGUGGGAUUAGUGGACCUGCAGUUUCAGGUCAGAACAGUGCUGGCAGCCGGAGGGAGAAACCGUCCGAAUGCUCCCACGUUUUACGCCUGUUUCUGUUCAGUGGAUCUCUCUAAUGCUCUUUAAUAUUCUGGAGCUUCAAAGUAAAAAGUCAAGUUACAGAAUGACACAUAAAUUAGUUUAUGCUCUGGUCUUUAAAAACAACCACAAAGCCAGGCCUCUCACCUGUAUGUCAGAGCCGAGCACUGAUGCAAGGCGGCGAUGAUCUUUUGCUCCAUCUGGCAUAUUUGACGAGUGAAUCAGCCAAACACGUACCAGCAUUUGGUUGUUAGUGGUCACUAAGAAUGCAAAGAAGGUUGGUUCUUACACACAAAAUCAAGCAUUUAAGUUGCUGGCUAAUACACGUUGGCUGGAUUAUUCCUCCUUAGACCAUUUCUCAGUGGUGUAAAUAAUCUCAUUGGCCCCUGACCAUACACACAUCUCCCCCUUUUUCUUGCUGUUUCAUUCUCCUGUGAUGUGUCACAGUCAUGAGCGAUCAGGGCGGUGCGUUCUUAAGGUGGGGGUGUGGGUGGCCGAAAAAUGUUCAGCUUUAUUAAAAGAAAAACAAGGCUCUCACUAUGUAGCUAGAUAACAUUGUACAAUUGUAUAUGUAUCAUAAAGGUAAGUUAGGGAAAUGUUUUUACAGGUCACGGUGCUCUGGGAAGUAGCUUGCCUGCAGAUUAAAGUGGUUCAUAUUUUUUUGUGAAUGUGGCAGAGGGGAGAUAAUGUGACUUUAAAAGUUAACUCCAGUUCAGUGCAAGGUGGUGUUGAACAUUAAUAACAUUUUUGCAACUCUCUAACGUGAUAAAUUGUGACAGAAAAACAACACUUCAAACCGGAUUGCCAAACAAAAUGAACACGCUGUAUGUAUGCCUGUAUUUUUUGAUUUAACCUCUACAUGACAACCGGAAAGUUUAUUUGCUAAACGAGAUGGGGGAAGCUGUUUUAGAGCUCACGGUUGUGUUUUUCUUUUGGGUUAACUGAAGAGUUGGUGCUUUUGGCUUGAAGUGAAACGAUUGUUCUGGGUGGUGAUGUUUGCUCAAAUUAAAUAUAAAGCUACUCACGCUGGUAGCCUCCUUUACUCUGCGGAUUACAUCCAAUCCAAACGUUCUUUUGUCUCGAGGGCGCGUUGGUUUUAAAAGUUGGUGGUCUGGAUGAAAUAAAAUAAAAAAGAGGCCAAAGACAGGCCAGUGUUGUGCAAGUGUGGCUCAGGAUGGAUUUGUUAAGGCAAAGUCAAAUUUUAAGGGUGUGGUGAUGUAAGUGUGCGAGGCUUGGGGGCGACGGAGAGCGGUGAUCCGAUGCUCUCUAUCCCAGGCUGUGAGGAAGGGCAAGCUGUUUGUCUGACCUGGAUAUUAGUCGGGAGUUGACCUCUGUGCGCCAAAUACCGCUCUUCUGCUCUGGCAUCACUCAUCUACUGAACCGUAACUUCAUAUCAUAACCCUGUUUCCAUUCAGUUCCUGUCUAGUAUCCUGUCCACCCGUCUGCUGAGACCCCUCUUUUCCUUCAGCCUACAUUGUAGGCUCCCGCGCUUCUGAUGAAUCAUUCCCUGCUUCUAUGAUACUGGUUAUAUACUGUAGACUUCGCAGAGUGAAAUCAUGUAAUCCACAAUCGGGUUUAGCAUUCAGACCGGUUUUGUGCAUUCCAUCUUAAAUUGUUUUGUUUUUUGUAUAAUUUUGUUAUUUUUUAAAUAAAAAAAAUAAAGAUACCAUAUGCACAUUGACAUACACGUGUAUUCAAAACUCAUUCUGAAUACAUAGUCAGAAUUAAGGACCUGAUAUCAUCUCCUGUUGCCCUGUUACAGCACUUCAAAUUGUACUUAUGAUUCUGCAGAUUCAAUAAAAUGUCAUUUUUUCUCAGA